UGAUGCAAGUGAUAGCAGAGACAAUGGAAUAAGCUGUUGUGUUAGGCCGGUUGGCUGCUUCUGCUUCUCUCCUCUCUGGAUCCGCUUGACCGGUUCUCUACUAUAUUUUCUUCACGUUAAAGCUUCUGGAACCCCCACCUCCAUUCCCUUUACUUCGUUUCUCUGCAUUUCGGGGAGUCAGGGAGAGAGAGAAAGAGGGAGAGAGAGGCAGAGAUGUGGGUUUUCUACCUGAUCUCGCUUCCUCUCACCACGGGCAUGGUUAUAUUCACAUUGAAAUAUUUCGCAGGCCCGUAUGUUCCCCGAUACGUCUUCUUCACCGUUGCCUAUGCAUGGUUCUGUUCUCUCUCUAUCAUUAUCCUCGUCCCUGCCGACAUUUGGACGACAAUUAUUAGACAUGAGAAUGGAGGAAUUGCUUUCUUUUGGAGCUGGUCAUAUUGGAGUACAUUUGCACUUACUUGGGUUGUAGUGCCACUUAUUCAGGGUUAUGAAGAUGCUGGGGACUUCACUAUGAAAGAAAGAUUGAAGACAAGCAUACAGCAAAACUUGGUCUUUUAUCUGAGCGUGGGAUUUAUUGGUCUUUUUGGACUUAUUCUCCUCAUUAUUAUGGACAAAAUUCAGAGUAGAGGUAUUGUCGGUUUAGCCAUGGCUUGCUCAAAUACUUUUGGACUUGUCACGGGUGCAUUUCUUCUUGGCUUUGGUUUGAGUGAAAUUCCGAAGAGCAUUUGGAGAAAUGCAGAUUGGGCCAUACGCCAAAAAGUUCUAUCUCAUAGGGUUGCUAAAAUGGCUGUUAAACUUGAUGAUGCUCAUCAAGAAUUUUCAAAUGCUAUUGUAGUUGCACAAGCCACAUCAAAUCAGAUGUCCAAGCGUGAUCCUUUGAGACGCUAUAUGGAUGUGAUUGAUCACAUGCUGCGUCAGAUGCUUAGAGAAGAUCCUUCCUUCAAACCACAAGGGGGUAGAUUGGGUGAAAAUGACAUGGAUUAUGAUACUGAUGAGAAAACAAUGGCCACACUAAGGCGUCAACUUAGGAGAGCCCGAGAAGAGUACUACCGUUGCAAAAGCGAGUAUAUGAACUUCGUUGUGGAAGCCCUUGAGCUAGAGGACACAAUAAAAAAUUACAAUUGUCGCAGUGCAACUGGAUGGAAAUAUGUGUCAAGCUUCAGACCUAGUCGAACAGGCAAACUAGGUUCCCCUUUUGAUAUGAUAGAGUUAGUCUGGCGAUGUAUACUUAGGAAACAACUUGAAAAACUGUUGGCUAUCGUACUUGGUUGCAUGUCAGCUGCAAUUCUUUUAGCAGAAGCUACUAUACUGCCAAGUGCAGUUGAUUUGUCUCUUUUCUCCAUUCUCAUAAAUGCUGUCAGAGAGCAAGAGGUGCUUGUGCAGAUAUCUGCUUUCAUUCCUCUGAUGUACAUGUGUAUAUGCACAUAUUAUUCCUUGUUCAAAAUUGGAAUGCUGAUGUUUUACUCAUUGACACCAAGACAGACAAGCUCAGUCAGUUUGCUUAUGAUUUGCUCGAUGGUUGCAAGAUAUGCACCUCCAAUUUCUUACAACUUUCUCAAUCUCAUUCAUCUUGGUGGGGAUGCCAAAACUAUCUUUGAAAAGAGAAUGGGGAAAAUUGAUGGUGCUGUCCCUUUCUUUGGGCAAGGAUUUAAUAAAAUAUAUCCACUUAUUAUGGUUAUAUAUACCUUAUUAGUUGCGAGCAAUUUUUUUGAUCGGGUAAUUGAUUUUUUUGGAAGCUGGAAAAAGUUCAGGUUUCAAACUGAGGCUGAUGAUUUGGAUGGGCUUGAUGCUUCAGGAAUAAUCAUCCUGCAAAAAGAGAGAUCUUGGCUUGAACAAGGACUUAAGGUCGGUGAGCAUGUAAUCCCAUUGGCAAGGAAUUUCAAUGGCGUGGAUGUUGAGUCUGGCAGCAAUAGCUCAGACAAGACUACCAUUGAAAUGAAACCAGCAACUACUUUGGCCAUGGACAGUGAAAAGGAAAGUCGAUCAAAACCCAUAAAAGAAGAGAUCCGGAAAUAUGGCAUGAACAGAGAAGCCAUUGGAAGCAAGUAUGCUACCAUAAGAGUGCAACAAAGUAGACAAACAUCCAGUACAAAGGCAACAGAGAAGAACAUUACUUCUGCUACAGUAUCUUUGCUUGAAUCAGACAAUUCUCACCACCAUAGUGAUGGUAAUACAAGAGGGGCACCAUCUUCCACAUUGUCCUCAACAUGGGUAUCAAUGAAGACGGGAUUUCAAAGUUUUAAAGCUAAUAUGGUUUCCAAGACAUUCAUGCCUUUACGCCAAUUUCAGGAGACAAAACUUGAGUCCCGUGAUCCAUCACCGGAGUCCUUGGACGAAAUAUUCCAGAGAUUAAAACGUCCAGCAGCAGAUCACGAGGAUUGUAGUGAUGAGGACAAUGACAUGGACAUUAAAACUUCAGGAUCCACCAGAUAAUUACUAUAAUUCUGAGGUAUGAAGAUUAGAUGAGGAUGUAAGAAUUGAAUACGUGGGUACCAUUUUUGGUUUCAUUCGCCCACAAUUGUACAGGUUCCAGAGAAGUAUUGGUGGCUUGAUGCUCAGAACACACCAAAUCUUUAGCAUUAAUUUGAAUUUCCUGCAGCAAUGGAGGAGGUUCUGCUAUACCAAAUCAAAUACUCAUAACGAGCAGAUGUACACAUGGCAGGCAAAUAGGAAUACAAUUUACGGUGGGAGGCAAUAGUUUUAUAUUUUUAUGGGAUUUUUGUGAUGUUUAACUGUAUCGAUGGACAAAAGAUUGGUAUUCGCGUCUCUUGCCGUUGUUAAAAUACUGUUAAUGAGUGAAUGUAAGAUUUUUCUCCAGAUUUGUUUUUUCAAAGCAUAUUCUACA